UCUUUCUGCCUGUCACUUAUAGAUCAGCUGAGAGCUCUCAGGGCCCCAGCACCAUGCCUCCCUGCCUGCUGUCAUGCUCCUCAACGUGGACCGUGGACCAGGUCAUGUUCACGGACCAACCCUGUGAAACGGUAAGCAGCCCCCAAAGAACUGCUUCUUUCUUUAAGUUGCCUUGGUCAUGGUGUCUCUUCAUAGCAACAGAACAAUCAGACAUGUAUCAUGGGUACACGGACCUUACCGAAGACGCAAGCUUCUGAGGCAACCAGACCCUAUGCUGUCAGAGCUACAGACGGCACAUUCUGUGUGAUACCAUUGGCUAUGCAUUCUGAAUUCCUUAACUCCCUCCAUAGCCUCUAAGUUAUCACAUCGACAAAACUUCCUCACAGUGUAGGACCCCUCCUCCCUGCUGAAAGGCCUAAAUGGGUACCUUUGCUGUUUGGGGGGUGGGGUGGGGGGUGGUCUGAGGCCUUUUCCUUUGUAGCCCACCAUUCUGUCUGGCAUCAAAUAAAGCUUGUGUGCUCGAGGACAUCUGCAUGGCGUUUCUCUUGAACCUAAGACUUUGCAACAACUGGCCUCAGGAAAUAAACCAUUACCUACAGUGACCAGUCCAGGAAGCCAACCCUACUAUUCCUAAAUCAGACUUAAAGGGACUCACAGCCCCCUCGCAUCCAGUCCAGGAAGCCACACAACUCAUUAAAAAUAAGCUCUAAUCCAGGAGGAGGGGAAACCCUGAUCAGGAAGAAAAAAAAUCAGCUCUAGAGGAUGGGCACUUUACUAAUGACCAAUAGCCUCUCCGUUACUACUAAGGUCCAAGUCUCUUUCUUGCCAGCUAACAAGCUUCAUCACUUUCUGCCUGCAACUACCAAAGACCACGGCAGCAGGUCUUGAACCCCAUUCCGAACGCUUUUUGCAUCUCCUUGUUUAGAGGACGUUUGCUUACUUCCACACUGGGAUUAAAGUACCUCCGAAUAAAAACAUGAGGGAAAAUGGAAGCCAAACACAUUUGCAAAAAUAUAAUCAGAUAUUCUCUUAAUUCCCAUCGAGGAGUCAAGUGGCUCAGAAGAAGCACAUAGGAUUCCUGGGAAUACUUGAACGCAUGACGGAUGGUGCCGAUCUGGACGGGAGUCAAAUUAAACUGCGAGCUCUGGUGGUCUAGGGAAACGUGGCGGUUUGCCAUUAGACAGUGGCACGAUUCUUAGGGAUUGGAAUGGCUGAACGCUGAUAGGGUCUGCGGGCUAGGUCUGCUGCUUUGUUUGGACAAAGGCCAGGCCUGUGACUGUUGCUCUGUCGUCUUCUUUGGAAGCCCCCUCCCUAAAAGGAGAAUCAAUCAAGUCUACACAGAGAAUGCAAGAGAGCCCACCAAACUUGCCAGGUGGGGAUGACGAUUAUUGUAGGAAAAGGAAAAGAGCCAAGAAUAUGACCAGAAAGGAUGAUGAGAGAGAAGAAACAGCAAGAAGGGAAGGAGCGGGGAGGGCAGUUCUAAGACCCACUCUGAAAACUGUAAAAAUAAAGAUGACAAGAAACGGUGAUAAUGGACACUUAUUUCUGAACGAAUACACUAGAUAACUAACCAGACGAUAGAGUAAUUUACGGUCUUAAAGAACGAACCUUGUGGCUCUCUUGGGGGUGUGGUGGCCAGAGCCACCAUAGAAAGUCUGAGGACUGGUGCCCAGGGAGUACGGGGAGACGCAGGUCCAAGAAGGGCAACAAAGACCCUGCUUGCCCGGCUCUGUGCACAGGACAUCUUGGCGAGGUCUCUGUAGACUCAACCCGGAUCAAGGACAUCUGCCGAGUUGAAGCCAGGGAUGUGAAGGGAAUCUUGCCCCUGAUGAUCCUAAUGGUGAUCGUUUUCUUGCUGCUUCUCUUCUGGGAAAACGAGCUAACUGAAGAUGUUGUGCUGACGUCUAUGGAACAUUUGCAUGUGGACUACCCUCAGAGUGCUGUUCCUCUGAGGUACUGCAACUACAUGAUUCUACAGAGGGUCAUCAGGGAGCCUGACUACACGUGCAGAAAGGUGCACGUCUUCAUCCAUGAGAGGCCUCAGAAGAUCAACAGGAUUUGCACCUCCUCCAAGAAGAUGACUUGCCCAAACUACUCCGAAAUUUUCUGCUUCCAGAGCGACACAAAAUUCAGGAUGACAGUUUGUCAGCUCACUGGUGGCUCCAAAUACCCUGCCUGCAGGUACCAAAUUUCUCCCACAGAGGGGUUUGUUCUUGUGACUUGUGACGACUUAGGGCCAGUUAAUUUCCAGGGAUAUGUCGAAUGACUUGCCAUCCGGACUGAGUGAGAUCUUCUCACCCGUGAAGCUUCCCUGAGCUGCUCUGGUUAACCUGAACUGUGGAUAUGGUGUGACGCCGUGAAUGGAAGGGGUAGGUGAUUAGUCCUUCUGUUGUAGCUGAGACAUAAUCAUCGGUCCCGUAUCAAUAAAGACAACUUUGCUGAAUUAAA